CGGCCCCGGGAGCGCCCGGGCGGGCGCGAUGGACGAGCCGCUCUGCUGCUGCGAGUACGUGGACCGGCGGGGCCGGCGCAGCCACCUGGCGGCGUGCUGCUGCGACUGCCAGGAGCUGGACGAGGGCUGCGACAGGUGGCUGGCGUGUAAAUCCCUGCCCCCGGGAGCGCUGGAGAGCAUCGCCGACACCAUCGCGGACCGGCUGCGGGUCCCGUGGUUCUCGGGGGCCGUGAAGAUCAACGUGAGCCUCGUGCCGCCUCUCGUCCUGCUGCCCGUGCUGCUCCACGUUGCCGCCCUGCACUUCCUGCUGGGGCUCCUCAUCCUGACGUCCCUGCCCGUGGUGCUGCUCUGGUACUACUAUCUCACCCACCGGAGGAAGGAGCGGACCCUCUUCUUCUUGAGCCUGGGGCUCUUCUCCCUGGGCUACAUGUAUUAUGUGUUCCUCCAGGAGGUGGUUCCCCGGGGCCACGUGCAGCAUUCCCAAGUGGUCGCUCUCACCUGCGGGUUAAUUCUUAUGCUCGCAGCCCUGUCUCGAGCCAAGAAAGACCCUGGCUACCUUCCUAUCCCGACAGGCAAUGAGAAGCCAUCGCACCAGGGCUUGCCCAGCAGGAAUGUUAGAGGGAGCUCCAGCGGGCUCCAUGGUGCUGCCAGCAGUCGAGCUGUGAAUGGGGAGGCCAAAAGCUAUUCCAGGAUGGCAGCUGAUGAGCCAGAAGGUGUGAAAAAGGACUGGUGCACCAAAUGCCAGCUGGUCAGGCCAGCCCGAGCAGGGCACUGCCGGCUUUGUGGCAGGUGUGUAAGAAGGUUGGACCAUCACUGUGUCUGGAUUAACAGCUGCGUAGGGGAGCAGAACCAUCAAGCGUUCAUCCUUGCACUCUCCUUCUUCAUGCUCACCUCUGUGUACGGGAUUACACUGACCCUGCACACCAUCUGUAGGGGCCGAACUCCAUUUGUGGCGUUGUUCUACUGCCCUGGGGCCUAUUCUGACUACAGCUCUGCUCUGUCGUUCACCUGUGUGUGGUACUGUGCCAUUGUAACAGCUGGCAUGGGAUACAUCCUCCUCAUCCAGCUGUUGAACAUCAGCUACAACGUGACUGAGAGGGAAGCUCGGCUGGCUCUGCGGGACAACACUGGGCGCAGACUCCUGGGUGGGUUGGUGAUAGACACUGGCCAGUAUAACAGGGGGUUCCUGUGCAACUGGGGCCAUUUCCUGAGCCUGGGGUCUUCUCCUCCACAGCGCUCUGCCGAAGACAUUGUGUGACAGCCCUCUUUCUGCAGAUGAUGUUGACUGACUCUUUUUAGGAGGGGAGCAGCCCCUUCCACUGGGACUCCUUCUUCGCACUCCCUUCCUUCGUGGUCGGUGUACGGGCUGCCUGUCCCCCUACUGACAACAUCAGAGGUUUUUCCAGGCAGAGUGGUUCUUUGUGUGCUGUCAGCCAGCAAUAGGAUGCACAAAGCAGUAAGCCAUAUGCACAAAUGUGGAGAGAAGGAGCCUGCUGCCUUUUUCCACCAUGGGAAACAGGAAGAAGAGCACAAGAUUUUGUGAGAACUUGAGUUUUCUUUAGGCGUGAACCCUGGCAUCAAGAGGAAUGCACUGCUGGGCUUCAGAGUAUGCACUGGUUCCUGCAAAGGUUGAGGAAUCCCUGGUUUGUACUUAACAUGCAGCAUUUUGGAGCUGUCCAGAGGAUGAACUUUGGAUGCAGAUAACAGAUGGACCCCUGCAGGAGCCAGGCUGUUUGGCCAAAAGAGACUGUCUGGGCAGUCACUGGGCAUUGCUCUCCUCUCUGGUGCAUUUAUUUAUUUUUACUCUCUCUUAUUCCAUCCAGCUGUGUACAUGCUUCCAUUAAGUGCCUUUGUGAGCUACAUUCCUGUAGGGCUGGGUCUGUGCUAGUUUGAAGUCUUGGCUCAUCUCCCUCGAAGUGUUUCUGCUCUGAUUAUGGAUUGUGAUUUGAGACAGCAAGUAAAUAUACCAAGGAGGAGAUCUUUUGAAGCAACAUGUAACAGUGAACUCUGAGGGCAAAACAAGAGUGCUGCCUGCCUGGUGUUACUGUAGCUUUAUGGAAAUUACCAUCCCCCUCCAUCAUGGGAGAAGGCAGUCUGUGGGAGAGUAGGCAGUUCUACUGUUUUUGGUAGGUAGCAUAUUGGUCAGUUGUGUUGCUAAUAACAUAGUGAUCCCAUCUGCUCUCAACCUGGUUAUUGUGAAGCUGCCUGACUGUAGAUCUGUUUUCUCAAGCUAAGAAGCCAUGGAAUAUAUCAGCCUCUGUGUACGUAGGGAGAGGAAGAGGAUGUGUUGGAGGUCUUUGUUUUGGGGAUAUAUGACCUGUACUGGCAGGUGAAUGUUAGCAUGUUGAAUGUGCUCUGCAAGAGUGCCAUUUGUUCCUUAUUACCCUAGAACUGUAUUAUUGCCUUGAUUUGAGCUUCAGCUGAAAUAACAAGUUUUGAUGGAAAUGGUUUCUGGUUUUUUGUGGCUGGAGUUUAUUAUUCCUUUUUGUUUUAAACCCUUUAUGUGUGCUGUAGGCCCUGCAGUGAAAGGUGGGGCUGGGGAAGAGCUGGGGACCACAGCACAAGAGUUACAUGUUGGAACUAAGAUGCAGAAGCAGAGAUAAAAGCCUUCUCCUGGCUACUGAUGUUUUUUUGAUGUGUGUGCAGCAGGCAGAGAUCAUGCCUGCCCCUGACUCCAUUUGCAUGGCAGGCAGCUGGGGGAUGUUGGCAGAGUGAUGCAAAUUCUCUGUGUGCUACUGUGCAUUAGCUUUGAAGAAUGGACAGAUGGUACAUGGUGCCAAAAGAAAGCAGGGUUGAGGGUGUCCCUCAAGAUCUCUGCUGUAUUUGGUGUGUGUGCUCUUGAUUUUAAUGUAAAGACCGUGUCUGUCUUUGCACUGUUUGGUUUCCUUAAGUGGCACUUUCCAUAACCAGCAGAUUGAAUGGAUGAGCAGCUGCACUUGGAAUGUGGCUGUGCGGAGUUACUGACAGUUACUGAGUUUCCCUUAUUUCCUCUUGCCCCCUGUUCAUCCAGUGAGCAAUCCUUUCUAAGUAGGUAAAGGGACACCUCUCUUGCUUGCUGCCUCUAACCAAACACACUAAGAGGUUUCUGACUGCUUCCCUGGCCCUAAUGUGAAUAAAGAGACGCCCAGGUAGACUGUGCAGACUGUUCCUCUACAACCCUCUGUUUGGAUGUUGGAGCUUAUCCCUAGGAGUACAAAUUGACACAAAGUCCUUGUUUUCACAUGAAUUUUCUGUAAAUGUUUCCAUGGCAUGUAUGCAUUUUGGCCUGCUGAGAUGAACUGGAGCUUGGCAACCCUGGAGACAAGGAUGCUGUGGGCCAGCAGGUUUGUGAUCUUAGAUUUCAUCCUGCUCAUGCUGGGGGAUAAAAGGCAGAAUGACCUGGGCUAAAUGAAGCCCUGCAAUGGAGACAGCCAACUUCUCUGUCCCCGUGUGCACAGAAAUCAGUCGUGUGCCCACAAACUGAACAGGCUCUGGGAGCAUUUGCAGGCUUGAGAUAAGUGGUUUCUCAGAGUCCUACUACUCCUGGCUCGAAGGAAACAGAGCAGAUCGCAGAUCAUUUCCCUGGCAGUGCUGACCCUGUGGUGCUCACCUUCUCCUACAGGCAGAGGUUCCUUGCUACUCUGCAGCCUGUGUGUCAGUAUAGCCUUGUCCCUUUUCUCUUAGUGA